CCUGGCUUUUUCCCGAUGAGUUCAAAUGUUCCAAAAAACCCUUGACAUUCCUCUUCUAAGAAUCUAGAUUGGUCUGGAUUCCCGGGCGGCACCACGAAGAUCAACUAUCGUGAUCCCCACGAGUUCAUCAAGAAUGCCAUAUGGAUCUAUAAUCCCUGGCAUAGACCCUGCUCAGUUUAUCCGUCCUGCUAGCUCAUAACAAUGACGCAACACAUCCAGACUCCUUGGAAUCAAGACAUCCGGUUCAAUAUAUAUCAGCCAUGUAGACAACACUGCAGCGCACUGUCUAUACACCUUUCGACACGCCCUCUACUGCCUUACGACCAGCACUGAACUUAGAAAUGGCGGCACUCGGACUUGGCAUCUUCCUCGGAGGCUGCAUCACCGCUAUCCCAGUGGUAACGGGCGUCGCGGAAGGCGUGGAGCAUCAGAAAAAGCAGAACGAAGAGGCUGCGAACGAGACCCGCAUGAUAAAAUUCAAUGUCCUUACGUCUUGCGACUCAGACGAUGAACUUGCGGACGAGAUCGACGACGGUAUUGUAGUAGUGCGCCAUAACAAGGUCUGGAUAUUACCAUGCGAAGAGAAGGAUGGGAAGCCGGUUCCCAUUCCUCCGGAAGACGACAUUACCCCUCCCCUCCAUGCUUUUGCGGGCUUCUACAUUCAAUAUCCGGACGACGACCGCUCACCACCGGAGCGCGGUAUGGUGUCAACGAUCUCCGAUGAUCCGCCAAUGUUGAACUGGAUCUACAUUGAUAAAGAAACUUAUGAACUUCGGUAUGGAAAUCGCACUGCUAGCAUCGAACACAUCGUCGGCGAAUGGGACUGGACCGAGGAUGAGUCGGCUGUCACUCUCGAAGGUUGGGAGGGGUUCGUCGCAGUGGAUGAAUCAGAUGGGAUGAGCGAUGAAGAAUGGGAGAGCACGCCUUGGGGUGCAGAGGGCCUCCGUUGGGCAGUAUACUUUGAUCGAGACGAUAACGGCCUCAGCGGAAAAAUAAGAAAGCCGCGCGGGAAAGGGCAGAAGAGCAGGUUUGAAGUUGUGCUUAAUCGAAAACUGCAAAGCGACGAGGAGCAGCUGAAGCAGAUGGAGGACGCGAAUAAGAAGAUGCAAGUUAAGAGUCAAGGAGGAUUGAAGUCGCAAUUUACAGCACCGGCUGCUAAUAGGAGAAAGAACGUAUGGGGACGCAAAGAUUGAAGACAGGUGCGCGUAUGGUUGGGAGAGGAACCAGGCCGCCAGCGCGUCAUAUUCGGGAAUCCGCGAACUACCUCAAGGUUGACCUGAUACAUUCCCCCCAUGGAUCACUCCCGAAGCCUAGUCUUCUGCUCUUUGGAAAAAAAAGUCCCACCAUACAUGUUUGCACCCUACAUCCGAGGACCCUUCAUUACAAAUCCUUCACGGUCCCACAUGUCCCAGUUUCCUGGAGCCUCGAAGAGCGGUGCCGGAACCACCUAGUCUCGACGAGCGACUAGCUUGAUGU